AGAGACAUUGAGAUGAAGAGACUGCUUUGUGUGAUCUUUCUCGUGACCAUUUUCUCAUGUAAGAUUGAGGCACACUGGAUAUCAUCUAUGGUCUCUCUAAAUCCAGGGCACAACUGGGCAAAUAUUUUGUAUUUGAGAUGACAUAUGUCUAUGUGACUUGUAGUUGCAACAAAGUAACCGUUUUCUUCCGGUCUCUACUGUCCCCAGGUCUGUCCCACGCUGUAACCAUAACUCAGAACAAAGCCUUUAUAUUGCUGCAUGAUGGAAGCAGUAUGGAAGAAAUGUCCUGUACGCAUGAUGCAACCGAGAGCUACUAUAUGUACUGGUACCACCAGAAACCAGGAGAAGGCUUGGUGCUUAUUGCAAUGUCAGCAUUAGAGAAUGAUGCCAGCUCAGAAAAAGAUUUUAAGGAAAAGUGGACGAUGACUCGGCCAAGUAAUACGAAAUCUACACUAGAACGGAAUGGGACAGUGAACAUCCAUGACUCUGCUAUGUAUUACUGUGCAGCCAGCUACACAGCCACAGGAAGGUGAGACACAGCUGGCACAAAACAUGAAGCUUAGGAGUUUGUGCUAAAGAAGAAACUGAAAAGAGAAAUUUCACCAGCAGGGGGCACUGCUCUCUCAUUCAGGUUCUUCGAUAUCAAGAAAGUGGGAACAUUCUGCUGUUUUUUUAAUCUAAUUUUUUUUACAUAUAACAGAGUCAAUGUGAGAAUUACAGAGAUUAUUAAACAGAUUUAUAUGUCUUAAAUCACAGCAUAUUAAAAGUAACACAGCAUUUACAUACAAAUUGUGAAUUAAAAGUAAAUUCACUAAUUUUAGAAAAUAUUCCAGACUUCACACAAAUACAGUUGUAUUCAAAAGUAUUCAUCUCCCUUUGAAAUCAGGUUUAUUGUCAAAAUUUACAGACUUGCAUGUGUUUGCAAUGGACAAAUCAAACAAAAGCAAUUAAAAUAGGUCAACACAACAAAUGCUUCAAGUGGUUUCCCAAAUUCAGCUGAAAAUGCAACUCCAGUCUCAAAUUUAUGCAAUUCCCUGAAUAGAAUCCCUCACAACAGCACAAAUAUACAAAACAUGUGUUGUCUCAAGCACACCUGAUACAACUAAUCAAGAGCUAUAUUGGUUGUACCAGUUGUGCAUGAGCUGGAACAGGUGAAAUAAUUGAACUGACUAGGGGUUUGUUGAGUGUUACGCUUGACUGCAUGUUAGAAAUAUGGUUAAGUCAAAAGAAUGGUCCACAAAAUUAAGAGAAGAAAUCAUCACCAUUCACAAACAAGGAACAGGAUACAAAAAGAUAGCAAAGGCUCUUAAUGUUUCUAGAGACACCAUAGGAAGCAUAGUUCGCAAGUUCAAAGUUGAAGGAACAGUGGUUAAACUACCUGGACGGGGCAGAAAAGAGAAGCUAUCAAUGGCUGCAACCAGAUUUCUGAGAAGGCAGGUUGUGAAAAAUCCUCGAAUGACUGCAAAAGACCUGUAGCAAGACUUGGUGGGAACAGGGACUGAAGUUUCACUGAGCACAGUAAAGCGCUUACUAAAAGCAGGUUUCCAGGCCAGAACUCCAAGAUCUAUACCACUACUGACUCAAAAGAACAAGAUAAUUCUGCUCCAGUAUGCCCAAAAUUAAAUAAAUAAGCCACAGAAGCUUGGGGAUUCUGUUCUGUGGAGCAAUGAAACAAAACUGGAUCCUUCUGGGUCUAAUGGAUAAGUAGUAUGUCUGGAGGAAGAAGAAUGAAGCAUAUGUUGAAAAAAAACAUUCUAACUACAGUUAAGCAUGGUGGUGGCUCGGUGAUGCUCUGGGGCUGCUGUGGAAGGCAAGAUGGAUUAAUUGAAGUAUCAUAAAAUCCUCAUCCUUGUCAUGCUGUCUGUGAGGAAGCUGAAACUUGGGCGUCAUUAGACCUUCCAACAUGACAAUGAUCCCAAGAAUACUUCAUAUUCCACCAAGGCUUGGUUACAAAAGAAUUCCUGGAAAUUUCUACAGUGCCCAUCACAGUCACUUGACUUUAACCCUAUAGAAAAUCUCUGGUGGGAUUUGAAGAAGGCGGUUGCAGAACGUAAAGCCAAGAAUAUUACUAAACUAGAGGCCAUUGCUUAUGAGCAAUGGGCUACAAUUCUUCAGGAAUGCUGCCAGAAGCUGGUGUCUGGCUAUGCAUCUCGUUUGCAGCAGGCCAUAACAGCAAAAGGGUGCUCUACUGAGUACUAGAGAUGAUUGCCAUGAAAGAGCUGAAUAAUUGUGAGACUGGAGAAAUCAUUAUAAGUUUCCGUUAAAUUUGUGGAAACCAUUUGAAGCAUUCAGUGUGUUGAGCUAUUUUAAUUGCUUUUGUUGGAUUUGUUCAUUGCAAACAGCUGAAGGUCUGUAAAUUUUUACAAUAAACCUAUUUUUCAAUGGGGGUUGAAGAAUUUUGAUUACAAAUGUACAUGCCAACAUUCACACACACUGACACUGUUCAAAUAAACUCCUACACUCACACUAAACUAUGCGUACUUGACAUACCAGGAACACAACACUGACCUAUAUACACUACAGUGUGCACAAACCAUGACUCUGCACAUAAAAACACACCUAAAUUCAUAGAUACCUGUACUAGUUAAAUGUAGAAACCUGAAUUCAUAAGUAGAAUGCAGAGUUUACACACAGUGAGCUUUACUCACAAAAUAGUGACAACUAAAUUGCGGAACUUAGCACCAAAUAACUAAACACAGACCACAAUUAGAAGAUAGAAUUGUUGUUUUAAUAAAAUUUUGAAAAACAAAAAUCUAUACAUUUUCAAUAAUAUAAUAAUGUUCUAUAUAAAUAAUCUUCUUCCUAAAAUGAAUCUUAAAACCAGGCAUAUGUGAGAAGGAGGUUGUGCCUAUCUGUAUAUAAUGGAUAAUGUGGGCAUACCAGUAGGAUUACACAUGACAGAGAGCAUGGGUAUGCAGGUAGGUAGGGGCAGUUAUUAUUUAUCGAGCACCAACAUAUUUCACAGAGCAUACAAUGGGAAGUUAGCACCGCGCGGAAUAAAUGGUAGAUCUUGUUAAGAUGACUUCCAACGAGGUCAACCCAUGUCACUAAAGUCUGACCACUCCUGCUGUAGAUGGAUACAUGUGUCAGUCUGCUCAGGAGGAGAUCUAUCAGAAGAAAAUCUGUCAUUACAGACAGCAAACUAACCAAGAGGAAGUUAAACCAACCCCCUCCCCCACCACCUUGAAGGUAUUAAUAAAGAGACAGUUUGACUGAUUAUGUUCUAGAUGUAACUGGGAAUUUGGGGGACAGAAUAUAAGAGACAUUGAUCGUCUUUUUACAGAGAGACAUUGAGAUGAAGAGACUGCUUCGUGUCAUAUUCCUCCUGAACAUUUUCUCAUGUAAGUUAGAGACAUACGGAAUAUUGUCUAUGGUCUGACUGAAUCCAUGGAACAUCUGGGAGAAUUAACUGUUUAAGAUCUAGGGUCCAUGCAAUUGAUUUCUACAAACUUCUAAUUUGUCCAACUUAAAAUGGAGUUUCAUGGCACAUUGUUUAUGAUCCCUCUAAAUCCAGAGCAAAGCUCUGGAAACUAACCAUUUAUAGUCAAGAAUUUGUGCAGUGCAUUUCUCCAACCUAUGAACUUCAUAGUGUUCAGAAAUCGAUAUAAGAUCAAGUUUAAACUUUAAAUGUCUUUACAAUCACAGGGGUAAAUAUUUUUGUAUUUGAGAUGACUUAUGUCUAUAUGACUUGUAGUUGCAAGAAAGUAACCAUUUUCCUUCUGUCUCCACUGGCCCCAGGUCUGUCCCACGCUGUGACUGUGACUCAGAACAAAGCCUUUAUAUUGCUGACUGUUGGAAGCAGUAUGGAAGAAAUGUCCUGUACGCAUGAUGGCACUGGCAGCUACAAUAUGUACUGGUACCGGCAGAAAUCCGGAGAAGGUUUGGUGCUUAUUGCAAUGUCAGUAGCAAAUAAUGAUGCCAACUCAGAAAACGAUUUUAAGGAAACAUGGACAAUGACUCGGCCAAGUAAUGAGAAAUCUACGCUAAAAAGGAAUGGGGCAGUGAACAUCACAGACUCUGCCAUGUAUUACUGUGCUGCCAGUUUACACAGUCAUAUGAAGUUGAGACACAGCUGGCACAAAACAUAAUUCUUAGGAGUUAGUGGUGGAGAAGAAAGUGAAAAGAGCAAUUUCACCAGCAGGGGGCACUGCUCUUUCAUUCUCUUUUAGCUACUUUGAUACUAAGAAAGUGGGAAUAUUCUGCUGGUAUUUUAAACAACAUUUUUGACUUAUAACAAAGUCGAAGCGAUAAUCACAGAGAAAAUAUUAAACAGAUUUAUAUGUCUUAAAUCACAGCAUCUUAAAAGAAAAACACCAUCUACACAGUGGUGUAUUCUGGUUUUGUGCUGCCCUAGGCAGGACAAAACUCAGGUGCUCCCCUCCCCACCUCCCCCACCACUCCCACCCAUCCCUUCCCCCCGCCCCGCCUUCUAAAUACACACAUUCACUGACAGAUACGCAUACACUAGCUAACAGAAACACACACACACACUAACAGACACACUCACACUCACUAACAAACACACACUCACUAACAGACACACACUCACUCACUAGCAGAUACACACACUCACACUAACAGACACACACACACACAGUCAGACACACACACAUACACACACACACACUAACAGACACACUCACACUCACUAACAGACACACACACACACACACACACACUAACAGACACACACACUAACAGACACACACACACACACACACUAACAGACACACACUCUAACAGACACUCACACUCACUAACAGACUCACACACACACACACACACACACACACUAACAGACACACUCAAACUCACUAACAGAAACACUCACUAACAGACACACACACACACUAACAGACACACACACACACUAACAGACACUAACAAACAGACACACACUAACAGACACACACUCACAUUAACAGGUUUUUGUAUUUUUUAUUUAACCACCCCCAGCCUCCUUACCUUUGGGAAUGCUGGGGGGGGGGGUUCCCUCUCUCCCUGGGGGUCCAGUGGCUGCUGAGCGGGUGGCUGGUGAGGGAGCACUUCCUUUGAGUUGUCUGCUCAGCUCCCUCGCGCGCUGCAGAGUGAGGCUGGGAGCCAGAAUAUGACGUCAUAUUCCGGCUCCCAGCCUCACUCUGCGGUGCGCGAGGGAGCUGAGCAGACAGCUCAGAGGAAGUGCUCCCUCGCCAGCGCCGCCCGCCCAGCCUGUCAGUUAGCUGCAAGGCUAACAAGACAUUUGCCCUGGGCAUUUGGGGGCGGCUUUUUUUGCCGCCCCCUGGAAAAUGCCGCCCAAGGCAAAUGCCUUGUUAGCCUCGCAGCUAAAACGUCCCUGCAUCUACAUAGAAUUUGAGAAUUGAAAGUAAACUAAAUAUCACCCGAGAUCCCUAGAGAGGGAGGAUCUCAAGUCUUGGUAUUAAGAAAGUGAACUUAUUGGAUGGAACUUAUAUAUUAAGUCCGGUAGGGAAAGACGGUCACAGAUUAGCAGUAUAAAGUAACCAUUUAUGAGAGACUCAUCCAGGCUUUAUUGUGCAAGAGAACACCCAUAAGGUUACACAUUCAUUAACUGCUAAUUAACUUAACAGAUAAUGUUUGGAUCAAAAAGUUAUCAUCCUCCUUGUCCAUGAUUGUUACCAAAAUACAAAAUAGACAGCUACCAAUUAGAAAUUCAAUGCUAAAAGAAGAAUACAUUUAACUAUAUAAUUAGGUGUGCUUUAACCCCUUAAGGACACAUGACAUUUGUGACAUGUCAUGAUUCCCUUUUAUUCCAGAAGUUUGGUACUUAAGGGGUUAAAUGGUAUCAACACUCAUGGACAGAGAAAAAAGCAAUAUUCACUAAACUAUCAAUUUGACUUAGAAGUGCAUACAUAGAAGAGUAUAGUAAUUAAGAUGAGGCAUAUGAUAUGAUAGAGCAAAUUAUAUGAAAAAAUUACUUGCAUUUUUGUUUUAGAUAUUUUAGAGAAUAUCCCAGACUUCACACAAAUACAUACCCGCAUUUACUCACCCUGACAGACAGUGCUCAAAUUCACUCCUACACUCACACUAAAAUAUGCGUACUUGACACAUCAACACGAUAACACUGCCCUAACACAAAAAUACACAGAUAAAUGACCAAACCAUUGCUCUGCACAUAAAUACACACCUAAAUUCAUAGAUACUUGUACUAGUCAAAAGUGGAAACAUGAAUUCACACACAUAUACAGACACAUAUACAAGCAUGCACGUGUACUACUCAUAAGUAGAAUGCUAAAUUCACACACAAUGAACUUUACUCACAAAAUAAUGAAGACCGAAUUGUGUAAUUUAGCACAAAAUAACUCAACUAUUUUGAGCUUUGUGCACUUUGGCUCUUCAAAUCUAGUUUUUGUAUUUGUGUCUUCAACUCACAAUAACUCACGGUUUGGUUCAUAAAUAUUUGUGACAGUUAACAUGCAAAAACAAAAAGAAAACACAGAUAACCAACUAUCUGUGUCUGAAUGCUGUUCUCACACCUCAAUUAGAAGAUAGAAUUGUUCUUUUAAUAAAUCUUUGAAGAAAAUCUAUGCAGUAUUAAUAAUAUAAUAUCAUUAGCAAGUGCAUAUGUCUAUUUGCAUACAGGGAAGGUGUGAGCAUGAUAGUACAUAUCAGAGAGUGUAGGGAUGCAGGGUGUGUUAUUAUUUAUCGAGCACCAACAUAUUUCACAGAGCAUACAAUGGAAAGUUAGCACCACGUUGAAUAAAUGGUAGAUCUUGUUAAGAUGACUUCCAACGAGGCUGAUCCCACGUCACUAAAGUUUGGCCAUAUGGAUACAUGUGUCAGUCUGCACAGGAAGAGAUCUGGAGAGGAAGUGAAAGUCACUGGGAAAGCAACAGAGAUAUAUUUAUCAGAAGAAAACCUGUCUUUGCAGACAGCAAACACACCAGGACGAAGUUAAACCAACCACCUCCCCCACCACCUUGAAGGUAAUAAUAAAGAGACAGUUUAGUUGAUUAGGUUCUAUAUGUAACUGGGGAUUUUGGGGACAGAAUGUAAGAGACAUUGAUCUUCUUUUUACAGAGAGACAUUGAGAUGAAGAGACUGCUUCGUGUGAUCUUACUUCUGAAGGUUUUCUCAUGUAAGAAGGAGACUCAGGAGAUAUUGACUAAGGUCUCUCUAAGCCCAGUGGAUAGCUAGCCAACAUAACACUGUGUGUUUCAGGUGGUACAUUGAAUGUUUCUCUAACCUUUAGAUAUUAAAGAGUUCACCUUAUGUUCAUAAAUAGAUCUUCCCGUAGAACGGAAUAAAGAGUCAUUUUAACUUAGAGCUGGAAAGUAACCGUUUUCCUUUUGUCCCCACUAUCCCCAGGUCUGUCCCACGCUGUUACCGUGACUCAGAAAAAAGCCUGUAUAUUGCUGCAUGAUGGAAGCAGUAUGGAAGAAAUGUCCUGUACACAUGAUGGCACCGGCACCUACUUUAUGUACUGGUACCAGCAGAAACCAGGAGAAGGUUUGGUGCUUAUUGCAAUGUCACAAACGGAGUAUGAUGCCAGCCCAGAAAAUUUUUUUAAGGAAAGGUGGAUAAUUAGUCGUCCAAGUAAUGAAAAAUCGACGCUAAAACGUAAUGGGACAGUGAACAUCACGGACUCUGCUAUGUAUUACUGUGCAGCCAGUUUACACAGUCAUAGGAAGUUGAGACACAGCUGGCAAAAACACGAAGCUUACAAGUUUGGAGUAGAAAAUGCUAACAACAAAUUCACCUGCAGGGGGCAUUGGUGUCUCAGUCUUUCAGCAGGGAGCAAAAUUAAUCUUCGUUUUCUAGAGCUAUUUAGGAAGGUAUCAUUUUAAAUGAUGCAGCUGUUCUCAGUCGCACAAAGAGUGUGUUUUCAAUUCUUAUAACGAUUUGAGUAUUAAUUUGAGCAUUAAGUUAAUUAUUUUUACAUUACCACUGGCAAUGGUUAGCCAUAAGUGGAAAAUGAGCUUAACAACCACCAUGAAAAAAAAAAUAUAUAUACUGAAAUAUUAUGUCUGAAUGAUUUCUUCAUUUGUGUUGGUCUUGAUUGUUUAUUUUUAUUUUCACACCAUGGGAACAAAUACAACCAAUAAGAAAACUUUUUUCAGAAAAUAAGCUAUAGAAAUAACCCCAUUAGGUCACAAAACAUGAUAGAAAACAGUAAUCAUUGGCAAUACCAUGAAUUGUAUUAUUAAACAUUAACAUGGAGAUUAUGAUCACAAUGUAAUCAUUUUGGAUACAUUUCAAAUUAGUUUUCAGAAUAUUAAAAUAUCAAAAAAUAUAUCAUAUAAAAAAAAGAAAAAUCAGGGGCGGAGCCUAAGGCCUGGGCUAAAUGGAUGCCAUCGACCAAAGCUCUGCACACAGUACCUUAUCCAUGAAAAUUAGCAACACUCCAACGCCAUCACAACAUCUCCCUACUCACAACUUCAACAGCAGAGGGUGAACAUCACGCCCAUUCCUUUUUUGUACCCAAAAAUGGGCAAAAAGCCUCUACGCAAAUCCUCGAUUACCCAACCUCACGGGCCGUCCUACAGGACCUGCAGUCCAAGAUUGACGAGGCACACAGCUCCCUUUGGUUGCCAGACAACGUCGCUUAGCACACUGACAACAUGGGAUGCAGAUCCCAAAAGCCACAGGCUGGUUCCAGCAAAGACUCCCAGGAUAUUGGGGCAAUGUUUCAGUGCCCAGCAGUUUUCAAGGUGGCAGCCUGGUCGGACAACGGAACGAACAGGGCAGGCUCCCAUGCAGAUCUUACAGACAUUGGGGAUACAACCUCCCCCACCACAAUACUUGAAGAAAUAUGAAGAUAGGAUCCACACUCAAUCCCAGCAGACUCCCGGUACACUGGAGCAGGACCAGCAUUCCCACAAUGAUCAGGCAAACAAAAAGAAAAUCUCCAGGCACUCAAGGUGUUUAAGCCACAAGCAGAUGCUGUGCUUUUUCUGUUCCAUUAAACCUCCCUGCGGCUUAAACACCUUAAGUGCCUGGAGCUUUUCUUUUUGUUUGACUGCUUGAAGAAAUGGCAGAAUGAGACCUCCUUGCACUGGCCAUUUAAUAAGACAUCGCCAACCUCCUGAGAGAGCUCAUACAGAUAUCAGCUGCAGAUCUUGACAUAGUCCGAGCUGAGGUACAGAUGAUGUCAGCACGCACACAAGCCACUGGAGAGGAGGUCAAGGAUCCUCAAGCAAGAGGUGCAAGGGCUGAAGGAGCAAAUGUAAAACCUGCAACACUCUCACAACUCCCUGACGCAACGAGUAAAUAUCAUGAAGACCGCAACAGACGAGCCAAUAUUAAAAUCUGAGGCGUUCCAGACACAGUUGGUCUGGCUGAAUUGCCACACUACUUGCUGCGCUUGACAGAAACAAUCCUAACUCACUCUCAAGCAAAAAAGCUCUUAUUCAACGGCUGCUACAGAAUUAACAAGUCACGACAGGGACAUUUCCAGCAAUUUGGGAUAAAACACCAUUUGAAUUUGAGGCAUCCAAGCUCACAUUCUACCAAGACCUUACUAGGAAUACACUGUAAUGGCGGAGGUCCCUUUGAGUAGUCACUGGCCAGUUGCGAGAUGCCGGUGUUGACUACCACUGGACUUUACGAAGAUCACUUAUGGCUACUACUGCUGAUGGUAGAGUGCUGUGACUCACCUGCCUAUCAUAUGCCACUAGUUUCCUCCAAACACUGGCAAUACCUCACUAACUUCGUCUAGAACCCAGAACGAAUGGAGACCUUACGGCCUGGAGCAGGGCCGGACUGGCCCACCGGGAUACCGGUGUCUGUGUCAUGGUGUGUGUGUCUGUCUGUGUCACGGUCUGUGUGUGUCAUGGUGUGUGUGUGUGUUUGCCUGUGUCAUGUAAUGUGUGUCUGUCUGUGUCACGGUGUGUGUGUGUCUGUGUCACGGUCUCUCUGUGUCGUGGUGUGUGUGUCUGUGUGUCACGGUCUGUCUGUGUUAUGGUGUGUGUGUGUCAAGGUGUGUGUGUCUUUUUUAAGGUGUGUGUCUGUCAUGGUGUGUGUGUCUGUCUGUGUCAUGGUGUGUCUAUCAUGGUGUGUGUGUGUUUCUGUCUGUGUCACGGUCUGUCUGUGUCAUGGUAUGUGUGUGUGUGUAUGUGUGUUUUUACUCACUUUUUUUUUUCCCACGUCAUGCUGGUCUCCCCUCGUCCUGCCUCUACGGCUGAGAUCAUCAAGCUUGAUGAUCUCAGCCAAUCCGCACUGACACAGGAGUGUCUGUCACUAGGAAGCAAUGUAAACACUGCCUUUUCUCUUAAAAGUCAGUGUUUACAUUGAAAAGCCUGCAUGGACAGGCUAUAGACACCAAUACCACUACAUUAAGCUGUGUGUGUGUGUGCGCGCGAUUGCUUGUGUGUGUGUGUGUGUGUGUGUGCCUGCUACUGAGUGAGCUUGUGUUUUUAUGCCAAUAACCUUAGGUAUGAGGCUGUGUAUCAAUCCGCUUGUGUCAGUGCAUGUGAGUAUGCUUACUGUAUAAUUAAAAAUUUUACUCUGAAAGGACCAAUAUUUUAUACUGGAAAAAGCUAUAUAUAUAUAUAUAUAUAUAUAUAUAUAUAUAUAUAUAUUGUCAAAGAUAGCACUCCAAGGACUAAUAUAAAAUAUAACUUUUAUUACCUUCACUAAAACAACACAAGGUCAACGUUUCAGCUUGAUCCCCCUCAAGCUUUCGUCAGGAGAUGUCCUGACGAAAGCUUGAGGGGAUCAAGCUGAAACGUUGACCUUGUGUUUUAGUGGAGGUAAUAAAAGUUAUAUUUUAUAUUAGUCCUUGGAGUGCUAUCUCUGGCAAUAUUUUUUGCAUUUUUUGCUGACAAGCACCAGGCAUCGAAUAUUGAAUUGGUGGAGUGCAAGAUCCGUUUGGUUUUAUAUAUAUAUAUCAAUCAUCUAGGGUUGCAAGACAUAGCCUUACAUAUUACAUGUGACAAUAUAUGGCGCAGUGACUUAUGCGGCUGGCAUAGAUUUUUUUUUCCAGGGCUGCUUUGGAAUCCCCAGUCCGGCCCUGGCCUGGAGGUGAAGAGAAGCCAGAAGCAGCAACCUAAACCGCCCUAGAAGCCAAGCAUUAUGUUUUAUCAUUUUAUUAUUAUGUUUUCUAGCUGAUACAUCCAUUUUGAUCCAAGUUCACCUUACAGCUUAAUGUCCUCCACCUUUUGAAAUUCAAUCUCUCUAAAAGGGAGCUUCUGUUUUUUCCUCCUCAUAAUACUGGUCCUCCUCUUUUGCUCUACCUGCAGGCAGGGCCAGACUGGUGAUACGGAGCAGCCCUGGAAAAAAAUCUAUGCCAGCCCCAUAAGUCAUUGUUCUAUGUAGUGUUUUUUUUAUAUAUAUAUAUGCACACACACACACACACACACACACACACAUAUAUAUUAUUGGUAUAUUUAUUUUUCUAAUUCAAAAUAUUAGUCCUUUCAGGGUAAUUAAAUUAUACAGUAAAGCAUACUCGUAUGCAGACACAGACAAUCUUACUGAUGCACACAAAUAGGCUCAUUGAUAGACAAUCACAAUGACACACACAGACAAGGUUACUGGUAUACACACAAAUUUAGUACAGACAAACUCUGAUACACACAAAAGCUUACUACAGACAAGCUCACUGUCACACACACAUGCUCACUACAGACAAGCUCACUGAUGUGCUCACUGUCCCUACAAACAAGCCCAUUGACACACACAUGCUCUCCACAGAAGAGCUCACUAACACACAGAUUCACUAUAGACAAGCUCACUGACACAAACAUGCUCACUUCAGACAAGCUCACUGAUACACAUAUGGUCACUACAGACAAGCUCACUGCACACACAUGCCCCCGCCGCAAUAUUGUGCUUUUUUCUUUUGUUUUGUUUUAUAAUCCCGGCCGGCCAUGUGUGAGCUGUGUCACCCGCCUGGCGCCUCCUGCUCCCAUGGGGCCCUGUGCGGCCGCACAACUUGCACAUGGCUGGCCAGGAUUACAGGAGCCUGAUUAAUGAUGAUUUCCCGGUGGAUAUUUCCCGGUGGGCCAAUCCGGCCCUGCCUGCAGGUUGAGGGUACCUGACCUGACCUUUGCGCCUCAUGUUCAGUCUGCUGCCAAAACCUGUCGAUUCCACCUUAAAAACAUUGCUACUGUUAGCCCCUUUCUUACACAAAAUGCUCCUAAGAAGCUUGUCCAUGAUCUAGUAAUUUCUCCUAAUUGGUCUCCCCAGAAGCCAUACUGCCUUCCUACAGUCAGUAAUGAAUGCUGUCGCCAGGUUGAUUUUUCCCAACAAUUGCUCCUCUCAUAUCUCGCAACUUUGUCAAUAUUUAGAUUGGCUUCCUUUCUCCUACAAGAGUCAAUUCGAAAUACUAACUCUUACCUAUAAAGCUCCUAACAACUCUAGCCCCUAUUAUAUUUUUUCACUAAUUCAUAGGUACGCCCUAUCUAAGUCUCUCUGCUCUGCCGGUGAUCUUCUCCUAUGCGCUGCUCGCACCUUUGCUGGUAACUGGCGCUUUCAGGACUUUCACGGGUGGCUCCUUUCCUGUGGAACAGCCUGCCUACCCCCUAUCCCCUAGCUUUCAAUCAUUUAAGAAGUCCCUCGAAACCCAACUCUUCACUCCCACCUUGUUGUUUGAAUGUUAACCCCCUCGUUGCCUUUCCUAUUGACUUCCUGUAGACUGUAAGCUCAUCUGAGCAUGGUCCUAAUCAACCUAUUGUUCUUGUGACAAUUUAUAAUUGUCUCUCAUUUAUUGUUAAAUUUCCCCUUUUUAUAAUAUUGUAAACUGCUGCGGAAUUAGUUGGUGCUAUAUCAAUGUCAAAAAUAGAAACAUAGAAUGUGAAGGCAGAUAAGAACCAUUCGGCCCAUCUAGUCUGCCCAAUUUUCUAAAUACCUUCAUUAGUCCCUGGCCUUAUCUUAUAGUUAGGAUAGCCUUAUGCCUAUUCCAAGCAUGCUUAAACUCCCUUACUGUGUUAACCUCUACAACUUCAGCUGGAAGGCUAUUCCAUGCAUCCACUACCCUCUCAGUAAAGUAAUACUUCCUGAUAUUAUUUUUAAACCUUUACCCCUCUAAUUAAAGAGUAAUAUGUACUACUUAUAAGUAGAACGCUGAGAUCACACACAAUGAGCUUUACCCAGAAAUUGGGGAAAAAUUAAUUGCAUUUGGGUCUUCAACUCACCAUAAUUCACGGUUUGGUUAAUAAACCUUUGUGACAGCACAUACAAAUAGAGGGAAAAUAAUAGUUAGCUGACUAUCUGUCUGACAGCUGUUCUCAAGCCACCAUCUGAAGACAGAAUUGCUGUUUUAAUAAAGGUUUGAAAAAAUGUAUGCAGUAUAAAUAAUGUGAUAUAAUUCUAGAUACAUAAUAUUCUUAUUACAAUGAAUCUUAAACUAAUGUUUACGUGAAAAUGAGGGUAUGUAUAUCUGUAUAUAUAGGAAAGCGAGCAAAUGAAGAGACAAGUUCAUGCGUCCAUAUGUAUAUGGGGAGGGCGAGAGUAUGCUUGUAUAUAUCAAGGAGUGUGGGGAUGCCAGAAUGAUUAUACAUAUUGGAGAGUGUGGGUAUGCAGGUAGGUAGGGGCAGUUAUUAUUUAUCGAGCACCAACAUAUUUCACAGAGCAUACAAUGGGAAGUUGGCACCAGGCUGAAUAAAUGGUUGAUCUUGUUAAGGUGACUUCCAACGAGGUCAACCCAUGUCACUAAAGUCUGACCACUCCUGAUGUAGAUGGAUACAUGUUUCAGUCUGCUCAGGAGGAGAUCUGGAGAGGAAGUGAAAGCUACUGGGGAAGUGAUAGAGAGAUACUACCAGAAGAAAACCUGUCAUCACAGACAGCAAACAUCAGGAGGAAGUUAAACCAACCUCCUCCCCCCACCACCUUGAAGGUAUUAAUAGAGAGGCAGUUUGGCUGAUUAUGUUCUAGAUGUAACUGGGAAUUUUGGGGACAGAAUGUAAGAGACAUUGAUCUUCUUUUUACAGAGAAACAUUGAGAUGAAGAGACUGCUUCGUGUCAUAUUCCUCCUGAACAUUUUCUCAUGUAAGAUAGAGACACACGGAAUAUUGUCUAUGGUCUGACUGAAUCCAUGGAACAUCUGGGAGAAUUCACUGUUUAAGAUCCAGUGUCCAUUCAAUUGAUUUCUACAAACUAACUUAAGAUGGAGUUUCACGGCAUAUUGUUUAAGAUCCCUCUAAAUCCUGAGCAAAGCUCGGGAAACUAACCAUUUAUAGUCAAGAAUUUGUGCAGUGCAUUUCUCCAACCUAUGAAGUGUUCAGAAAUAGAAAUAUGAAUCAGAUCAAGUUUGAAUUGUAAAUGUACAAUCACACUGAGUAUAACAGGUGCAAAUAUUUUGUAUUUGAGAUGACAUAUAUCUAUGUGACUUGCAGUUGCAAGAAAGUAACCAUUUUCCUUCUGUCUUCACUGUCCCCAGGUCUGUCCCACGCUGUGACUGUGACUCAGAACAAAGCCUUUACAUUGCUGACUGUUGGAAGCAGUAUGGAAGAAAUGUCCUGUACGCAUGAUGGCACUGGCAGCUACUAUAUGUACUGGUACCGGCAGAAACCAGGAAAAGGCUUGGUGCUAAUUGCAAUGUCGCUAACAGAGAAUGAUGCCAAGCCAGAAGAAGAAUUUAAAGAAAAUUGGACAAUGACUCGUUCAAGUGAUGAGAAAUCUACGCUAAAAAGGAAUGGGGCAGUGAACAUCACGGACUCGGCUAUGUAUUACUGUGCAGCCAGUUUACACAGUCAUAGAAAGCUGAGACACAGCUGGCACAAAACAUGA